UUGUGGUGCAAUGCUCCCACUCCCCGGUGCGCCAUCUUCCUCGUGGCCUUACUUCUACGGACGGCUCCAAGCCCUAUUCAAUGGGGUAGAUACAAGAGUGUGUAUCGCUUUCUGGUUUUUUGGGCUAAUAAAUAAUGUCCUCUACGUAAUUAUUCUUUCCGCGGCGCUUGACCUCGUCGGCCCCAACGUCCCCAAAGCUGCCGUCCUCCUCGCUGACGUCGUCCCCUCGUUCUUCACGAAACUAUGCGCGCCCUACUUCAUCCACACCGUCCCAUAUUCCGUCCGCAUCCUGAUAUUCGUCACCCUAUCCGCCGGCGGUAUGCUCCUUAUCUCUCUCUCGCCGGCCUACGUACCGAAUUCCCCAACAGGCAACUCCAUCACAACCAAAAUGCUCGGCGUAAUUCUCGCCAGCUUUUCAAGCGGGGGCGGCGAGCUGAGCUUUUUGGGCCUGACUCAUUUUUACGGACCGUUCAGUCUGGCAGCGUGGGGAAGCGGGACUGGCGCGGCUGGGCUGGUGGGUGCGGGGGCUUACGCGAUGGCAACCACGACGUUUGGGUUUGGCGUGAAAACCACGCUCUUGUUUUCGGCGGGGUUGCCGUUGAUCAUGUUGCUGAGCUUCUUCGCGAUUCUCCCCCGGGGCCCGUUGAGGUGUGUCGCGAAGUUGGACGACUACGAGCAAGUCGACGCGGAAGGGGAGGUAGAUGAACACGCCGUUUUUGGGAGGAGUCGGGCACGGCGGAGAGGGCUGGAAGAGGGCGAAAAUGAGACGGACGGGCUGCUCGGACGUGAUUUGGCGGACGCCCGGGAGGAUGGCAAGGCGACAGCUAGCCGGGGUGAUAUGUCCUGGUCACGAUUUAGAGCGGAUCUGAAAAAGGCCCAAGCUCUAUUCUUUCCAUUCAUGCUCCCCCUUCUCCUGGUCUACAUCGCCGAAUACACGAUAAAUCAAGGCGUUGCCCCAACACUCCUCUUCCCCCUGAAAGAAACACCCUUCAAGCACUUCCGUGCCUUCUACCCAGCCUACAACGCCAUCUACCAAACCGGCGUUUUCAUAUCGCGCUCCUCCACGCCCUUCAUCCGCGUCCACAAUCUCUACCUGCCCUCCUUCCUCCAGGUGAUUAACCUGAGCAUCCUCAUCCUCCAUGCGCUGUUCAACUUCAUCCCCAGCGUGUAUAUAAUAUUCCUCAUCGUUUUCUGGGAAGGGCUGCUGGGCGGGCUGGUGUACGUGAAUACAUUCGCGGAGAUCUCGGACCGGGUCCCAAAGGACGACCGGGAGUUUUCCCUGGGAGCGACGACGGUGAGUGACUCCGCAGGCAUCUGUGUGGCAGGGCUACUGGGGAUGGUGGUGGAGGUCUGGCUUUGUGAUUGGCAGGUGGAUCGGGGAAGGAAUUACUGCAGGAAACUAUAGCGUAGCAUUGGAUUGUGGGGGGCCAUGAUCUGACCAUUGUUGGUAUCUCGUUUCUUCUGUGUUUAUGUUUGUGUUUGUGUUUAUUUGUGUUUUGUAUUUAUUUUAUAUUUUUUGGUUUUUGCUCU